UGCCCCACGCUGGUGUCCAGCGGCAGGUCGAGGUAGGAGCUGACACAGCUGCCCAGGUGCAAGGCCAGCCCCAGGGCGUACAGCCGGCGGGUGCUCAGCAGCCGGGCCAGCUGGAAGGGCGCGAUGGCAGUCGUGUAGGCGCCCAGCGUGGCUGCCACCAGCUGGAACCCCGCAGACGGCCCGCUGCCCAUAGCUCCCCCUCCCAUGACGUCUCCUCCAUAGCUCCCCGUCUCGCUGCAUUCUCCCCCAUUGCUUCCCAUCCCAUAGGUCCCCAUUCCUCCAAAUCCCUCCCAUUGCACCCGUCAGUCCCCAUCAGUCCCCACCCACCUCGUUUUAUCCUCUUCGCUGUAUUUAUCCCUUUGGAUAUAACUCCCCGUAGUGUUAUCUCUGCCACGUUGCUUUCCAUUCCGUAGACUGCCAUCCCAUCGAACCCCCCCAUUGCUCCCCAUCAUCUGGAUGGCUCCCAUAGAUUCUCGUCCCUUUGGAUCCCCUCACAUCACCCCUUCUCUCAUUGUCCCCUCUCCCUGUUGUUCACCAUCCCAUUGCAUCCCUGCCAUUGCUCCCCAUUAUUUGAAUCCCAAACGUAGCUCCUUUGCAUGUCCUCCAUAGUUCCCUACCCUAUAGCUCCCAUCCCUUUGGAGCCCUCCCCAUUGCUCACCAUCCCCAUCUCACUGUCCCACUCUCCCCAUCCAUCACACCUGGCCUCCCUCUUGCCUCUCCUUCCCCACUUUACCCCACAGCAUUCCCUCUCAUUUAUGCUAUGCGGCAUCCCGCUCGUGUGCCCCAUCUCAUUCCUGCCCCAUAGACCAGGCCAAUAAAUAGCAUCUGACCUACUGUAACAGCCGUGUGGGUGUAGGCUUGCACUGGGGACCUCCUGGGCUGCCCUAUAUGUGGGGAUGGGUGGGAGGGGCUCCUCCCUGGCAGUGACACCCCCAAUCUAAUUUCCUGGAGGGGGGACAGGAAGCUGCUGCCGUGGAGGGAGGAAGCGGCUCCAGUAUCUUUUUUGGGGAUGGUUGCCCAUCCCCCCACCAGGAUUGUCAUUCCCUGUGUGCUGGUACUAUAGGAUGGCCCUUGUGGGCUGCCAGCACCAAGGUUGAACGUCUCUGGGCAGAUGGACCCUUCUGGGGUGGCCAUGUUGGGAACAGUGCCAUGGUGUCCCCAAGAUGGCAUCUUCCUGCCAGGCACUGCCCACAUAUGCUGAGCUGGGGCGAUGCUAUCGUGGGGACACAGGGACUGGGGAGGGGACAGGUGCUGCUGCUUGCUGUCACACUGUCCCUGCUGCAGCCAGGAGAUACCUGGGGGGCUGGAUGUGGGGAUGUAAGAAUGGGGACCAACAGGUGUCUGGGAUGGAGACACGGGUGGUAGCGUUGGGGUGCUGGAGUUGGCUCGGUGUGAGUGUGGGGAGGUGGGCAGCCCAUGUGUGAGCCCACAGUGGGUGGCUCAUUUCCUGCUAUGGUAAUCACUGCUAAUUGGCUUUGCCUUCCCGGGGCUGGGGGGAGGGGGCAGGUAAGAGGAUUUCCUGGCCUCCUUCUUAAGGGCUGGCUGACCCCCGGCCCUGCUCCUGCUGCCACCACCAGCCCUCAGCCCCAUGCCACGCUCGAGGGGGGACAAGGGGGCUCCCAGGAACACUGAAGCCUCAGGCAAAGGGAAGCAGGGGGAGGUGGACGAGAGGCCCCCCAAAGCCCCUGAGGCGGGUGGCCCCCCGGGCAGCCCCAACACUGAAACCCAGCACGGAUGCCACGGGCGGAAGAACAGCAAGAAAGGGGCCGGGGACCCCCACGCUGCCAGCACCAAGGCGUAUUCACCAUUCCUCAACAUGGUGUUUGGCAAGGAGCGGGAGCUGUCACCGGAGGAGCUGGAUGAGCUGCUGGAUGCCUUCAAGGAGUUUGACACCGACCAGGAUGGUUUCAUCAGCUACAAGGACUUGGGUGCCUGCAUGCGCACGCUGGGAUAUAUGCCCACUGAGAUGGAGCUCAUCGAGAUCUCCCAGCACAUCAAGAUGAGGAUGGGUGGCCGUGUGGACUUUGAGGACUUUGUGCAGAUGAUGGGGCCGAAGCUGCGGGAGGAGACGGCUCAUAUGGUGGGUGUGAGGGAGCUGAAGAUCGCCUUCCGUGAGUUCGAUGUGAACGGGGACGGGGAGAUCAGCAGUGCAGAGAUGCGGCAGGCCAUCGCGGCGCUGCUGGGCGAGCAGCUGAAGGCACAGGAGGUUGAUGAGAUCCUGCAGGAUGUGGACCUCAACGGGGACGGCCGUGUGGACUUCGAUGAGUUCGUCAUGAUGCUGUCCUCCCGGUAAUGAAGCUGUGGGGCAGCAGGGGGCCCAGGGCUGCCUCCUCCCCCUAGCGCUGCUCCAGCCAUCAGUAGGGCUCAGAGCAAAUGAUGGGAAACACAGUGGGGCAGGGGCCCCCCAAUAAAGCUACUUGCUCAGACUGG